AUGGGACAUGAGUGGGUUUGGUUGGAUUCUGAACAAGACUAUUCGAAUGACUCUGAGUUGAGCAACGACUGCAGGUCCCUCUUCAGCUCAUGGGACUCCAGUCUGGAUCUUGAUGUGGGCAGUUGGAGGGAAACUGAGGAGCCAGGUGCUGAGGAACUAGAAGAAAGCAGCCCAGAGAGAGAACCUAGUGAGCUGCUUUUGGGGGAUGGAGGCAGUGAAGAAUCUCAGGAAGAGGCAGAGCAAGUCAGCCGCCAGAACCUCCUCCACUUUCUCUCUGAGGUAGCCUAUUUAAUGGAGCCAUUAUGCAUUAGUAGCAAAGAAUCAAGUGAAGGCUGCUCCCCUCCAUCUGGUACCAGACAAGAGGGAAGGGAAGUUGAAGCCGCUGAAGGAGAAGGGGAGCCCUUCAGAGAGCCUGAAGAGCUUUCAGCCAAGGUAGACCCCUUGGUAGUUGAAAAGAGGUCACUGGGAGAAAAUAGAAGCCUGGAGGUGGCUCCAGCUCCUUCAGAUAUUUGUGCAGUUCAGGGACUACCCACAGAGAGUGAAGAGGGGGAGGUUCAGCAAGAAUCCAAAGAGGAGGACCUGGGUGAAGGGUAUGUGUCAGAGAUGGAAGACCAGCCCUCUGCAGGUGAGUGUGAUGAUGGCUUCAGCAUUCCGGAGACUCCUCUCGUGGAUAUCCUUUUCAGUCGUGCUACCUCCUCAAAGCUGUCUGAUCUAGGCCAGAGUGACCCUGUUCAGGAUCAUUUGCUAUUUAAGAAGACUCUCCUGCCAGUCUGGAAGAUGAUUGCCAGUCACAGGUUCAGCAGUCCAUUUCUGAAGCCUGUGUCAGAAAGGCAGGCCCCAGGAUACAAGGAUGUGGUGAAAAGACCCAUGGACUUGACUAGCCUGAAAAGGAAUCUGUCUAAGGGACGGAUUCGCACCAUGGCUCAGUUCCAGAGGGACCUGAUGCUGAUGUUCCAAAAUGCUGUGAUGUACAAUGACUCUGAUCAUCAUGUAUACCAUAUGGCUGUGGAGAUGCAGCGAGAAGUCUUGGAGCAGAUUCAGGUGCUGAGUAUUUGGUUAGACAAAAGAAGAGACUUAAAUAGUCUGGAGUGAGAAGCAGCCGACUUCAUGGAUGGUGGAAAACCUGUCUUGUUAACCUGGAGCCGCUACCGUGAACUUUUCUGGAAUUUGGACCUCUCAUUGAGACUCUGGCCCACAGAGGCUCCCACUACUUGUUUACCACUUCUCAGUUGUCUUUUCUAAUAAGAAUAAUGCCUUAACUCACAACCAAGGAGUCAAAGGUGGCUGUGGUCAUAAUAUAUAGAAAAUGGGGAGAGCUGAGCUUUGGGUUAUGCCGUAAAUGUGUCCACAUCUUUGUUCCAUAGGCUUAAUUUAGAGGUAACUAGAUUAGACAUCUUAUUACUCCUCUAUAAAUAAAUGUUAUUUCACAAGUCAAA